UAUGGGAACAGGAGGUUAUAAGAUUUUACUUACAGAGACAAAAAUUACUGCUUUUAUCUGUAUGAGAACAAAGAACAAUAUCUUUGGAUAGUGUAGGGAGGGGCACGUUUGGGAAACUCGACUUUUUUUUAAGUCCUGCUUUAAGGCCAGCUGGUGACCCUUGGCUUGGGUCGUGGCUGCCUCGGGAGGAACCCCGGUGAACACUCCGCCCUCCUCACAGUGUCUCCAGGUAGAGUCUCUUCUGGUCGUCAGAUUGUUUCCCUCUCUUGGAGACCCCAAGAGUCAGAGGCUCAUCACGGACGGGUGGGCUGUGACGGGGGGCCGGUCCGCAGGGGCUUGGUUUAACGCUCUGCGCGCCCGUUCCUCCCGCCUGCAGGGGGCGCCCUGGGCCCGCGCGGCCGCCGGCUCCCGGCCCCAGCGUCCCAGCAUGCUCCGCGCCCGGCCGCUGAGCUCGGGGCGCCCGGCGCUCGUUACCUCUGACUUUUGAAGACGUUGCCAUUUAUUUCUCGGAGCAAGAAUGGCAGGACCUAGAGAUGUGGCAGAAGGAGCUUUACAAAGGUGUCAUGAGGACCAACUACGAGACUCUUGUCUCUCUAGAUGGUACGCUUCCCAAACCAGAACUCAUUUCCUGGAUUGAACAGGGGAUACAGCCCCUCAGGAGCUGGGGAGAAUCCCAGCAUCCAGGAAACACGGUCCUCUCCUCUGCGGACCUGCAUUUUGAUCCAGUUAUUGAGGAGCAGCUGUUUGGGGGAAACGUGCAAGCUACGAAAUCAAGAGAAACUCAAUGUCGUUUCCAGUUAGAUCCUCUUCAGAGCCAGUCUUCCUUUGGAUCCGAAUUUUUAGGAGAAAGGCCUGAGGCAGGCCUCACCCCCAUGAGCCCGAAGAGACAGAACACACGGGCCCUGGCUGCAGUGAGCAGUGACACUGCCCAGAGAGAAGGGAUCCCAAGUCACAGUGUCCUGGUUCUCCCUGGCUUGCGGGAAGCCCCCUCCUGGAAGAGCGCCCAGCACCCUUGCCCUGCCUGCGGGGAGAGCCUUUGGGAGAAGAAGCACUUAGUAAGGCACCAGAGGAGCCAUUCCAAGGGCCUGUCACCUAGGGAUAGGACCUGGCAGAAGUUCAACAAGCCAGCCGAGGCGCAGCGGCCGGGGAGGGCCCGGGGGCUCUUCCAGUGCCCAGAGUGUGGGCAGAGCUUCCGCCUGAAGCGGUGUUUGCCGAGACAUCCGGGCGCCCACGUGAGGAAGAGCCCAUUCCAGUGCCCCCACUGCAAACUGUGCUUCCCUCAGGAGCAGACCCUGCCAGGGCACAAGGAAGAGAAGCCUUCCCGCCGCCGGAAGUGUGGCCAGGGCCCUGCCACACAGCGUGCGCUCCCCGAGCGCGCACAGCCGCACACUGGGGAGCGGCCUUCGCUGUGCACCCGGUGCGGCCGAAGCUUCCGCCAGCAGGCGCAGCUGCAGCGCCACCAGCGGCUGCACGCGGACGAGAAGCCCUUCCAGUGCUCACAGUGCCCGCUGAGCUUCCGCCUGCGGAGCGCGCUAAGCGCCCACGCACGGGGGCACCGCGGGGAGCAGCCCUUCUCCUGCGGCGAGUGUGGCCGCGGCUUUGCGCACCGCUGCAAGCUCCGCGAGCACCUGCGCGUGCACAGUGGAGAGCGGCCCUUUGUGUGCCCGGAGUGUGGCAAGCGCUUCCGCCUGAAGGGCAUCCUGACGGCGCACCAGCGCACGCACAGCGCCGAGCGCCCCUUUUCGUGCCCGCAGUGUGCCAAGGGCUUUGCGCGCCAGUCCAAGCUCACCGAGCACCUGCGUGUGCACAGCGGUGAGCGCCCCUUCCGCUGCCCGGACUGUGACCGUGGCUUCCGCCUGAAGGGGCAGCUGCUCAGCCACCAGCGCCUGCACACGGGCGAGAGGCCCUUCCAGUGCCCGGAGUGCGACAAGCGCUACCGCGUGAAGGCAGACAUGAAGGCGCACCAGCUGCUGCACCGCGGGGAGAUGCCCUUCUCCUGCGCCUGUGGCAAGGGUUUCGCCAAGCAGUCCAAGCUCACCGAGCACGUGCGCACACAUACCGGGGAGAAGCCCUUCCAGUGUCCCAGCUGUGAUAAGCGCUUCCGCCUGAAGGCGCAGCUGCUCAGCCACCAGGGCCUGCACAGCGGAGAGAGACCCUUCCGCUGCCCUGAGUGUGACAAGAACUUUCGUGAGAGGGGCCACAUGCGAAGGCACCAGCGGAUCCACAGACCGGAAAGGCCCUUUGCCUGUGGCGACUGUGGGAAGGGUUUCAUCUAUAAGUCCAAGCUGGCUGAGCACGUCAGGGUGCACACAAAGGCCUGUCCGGCUCCCGGUGAGUCUGAUGUUAAGAAAAGGCUUAGCCAGCUGUUCGCCAUGAUCGAGACUGACUGGAGCUGAGACCGGCAGGACUUCAGAGUCAGGGG